GGGGACUAGGAGAGAAGAGAGUUGGAAAGACAGAUGACGAUAAGGGCUUUUCAGAUGAGAGCAAAGAGUAUCAGGGAGAGGAGGUAGAGAUGGGGAGAGAAGAGGGAAAUAGAGAAAGGGAGUCAGAGCAGUGAGAGGGAGUGGGAGGAAGAAAGAGAGAGGAUAGGAGGCAGCGCAGUGCAGUGCGGGGGGAGAGAGACAGGAAAGGAGAGAGAGAGAUGUAGAGACAGGAAGCCUCCACUGCAACUGAGCCAGUGAGACGCAGGCAGGCAGAGAGAGAAGACGGAGAGGCAGAGACCCUCGGCAUCUCCACAGCCGGCCUGACGAGGGGGUGAUGGGCUCAAGAGCAUCCUAACGGAGGCAAGAGUGGGAGGAGGAGCAGAAAACAGAGGGAAGAGCACAAGGAAAAAGGCAGGACGAUAAUAUCAGAAACGGGCUUUCAGCAGGAAAAAGGGGAGCGGGUGGGUGGGACCUGAGCUGAGGAGGGAAAAGCAGAUAAAAGUUUGGGAGACAGUGUGAGAAAGGGAAAGAGAGGAGGAAAAGAGACAUCACAGCAGAUAAAGUGUUAUGUUAAUGGGAAAAGUAGGAGGAGAUUCAUGGAAGAAGAGGAAGAAGCUGUCGGUGUCUCAGGAGUCCUCCUGUUCCUCUCCUGCUUUAUCUCCUUUCUAUGAGGCUGCUGGACAUCAUCCAUCACCAUGUUUUCUGACAGUGGGGCUCCAGUGCCUGGGGAGCAGAAGGGCUUCAAGCCCCACACCCCUCACUUCAUCCCGUGGCUGCGCAAUAGUUUGAAGCCACACCACAGCAGUGACCUGGGGCUCAAUGGACCGUACAAAUCGGGCUCAGAGGCCCGCAACAAUCUGACCCCACUGGAGAGAGCCAAAGGGCUCGGUUUCUUCUCCAUCCAUGGAAAGGACAGGGCAAAAAAGGGCGAACUCCGGAGUAAUGGCUUGGGGAUGGCGAAGAUGCUGCCAGUGGUGCUGAGGGGACACCACAUCCUGCCAGGGAGUCUGGGGAAACAGAGAGAGGACAGUCCUGCCAGGUGGAACCAGACUAAAGAGCUGGACACAGACCCCAACACAGAGAACAACCCAGGACACGGGCUGCAGGGCUCGUGUGACAGCUCCUCCGCUGCUCAGGACAACCAGCACUUUGUUAUAAACCACAGCCUGCAUCGGCCGCAGAAUGACAGGACCAGCAACACGGUCAGGAAAUAUGGGCCACUAGUGGGACCCCCUCCUGUUCCUGCGCUGCUCGCUGAGGACUCAAACUGUAAGGUGCCUGUUGAGAUGUGUAUGGAGGACAGGAGGGGGAAGGUGUGGGACUACGGCAGUCACACUACCUACCGCAAGAGAGACCUCCAUUCAUCCAGCUGGCUGGGCUCAGACACUCAGGGACUAGCAGAGAGGCAGCAUGGGUUCAGCUCCAGCUUCAGCUACGUCAAUAAACACAGCAGGAACUCCCAGAGUCAGAGAGACCUGACAGUGCUGAGGGAGCCACCUGUGGAGGGUUUCAAUGGGCCACUGAACGGAGUCAUCUUCUCCACUGAGAUUCCUCACAAAGGCCUGGGCUGUACCACAACUCUGCGGGUCCCCAGGAAACCCAGGCCAAGCUCUGAGCGGAUCACGAUCCUGGGUCAGAACCAGACGUGGGUCGGGCCCAGACCGAACAGCGUAGGGGAAUCACAGAGGAAGGAAGUAGGCUGCAGAAAGAAGCUGGUUCAGAACCAGAUUAAACGAGUGGUGGACAACCUGGAGCAGGUUCUGAACGCGCUGAGGGACGUGCACCAGGAAAUGAAAGAGGUGGUGCAGCAGAUUGACCACCUAACCUCAUCCAUUGAUCUGAAUGAUGAGGAGCAGCAGGGGGUUGGAGAAGACUGUACCAAGCCUCCCAGCGACAGCAGCUACAGCUCAGGUUCCAGCUCCAGCGAGGUGACAGUAGGUAGCGUCCACCUGAGGCUACCAGAGCCUGAUCACCUGCCAGACAACGUGGACUCAUCUGGCACCCUCAGGAGAGAUCUCCAUACCAGGAGCCAGUCUCCACAGAAUGUACAGCUUUGCCCGAUAAACUCUGGGUUUUUAUCAGAGAGGACUCACAACUUCACCUGUAGCUCUGGGUUCUCAUCCAGACAAGGUGGGCCGCUGCCACACGCCAAUCACCUGCUAACAUCCAACCCACCUCAACCUCAAAACCUCACCUCCCCUGACCACAUCGUUUUGUCUCCAAAAUGCCUCCCCGUCAGGCCUCCCACUCCUGGUCUUUCCCCACUAACAGUAAACCUCCAUCACCCCAGCAGUCCUGGUUCUCAGCCUCAGUCCCCUGGGGCUUCAUCCUCCAUCAGGAUCAGCCCCAUCUCUUCUCCCUCCCCUCUGUCUCCAAAGUCUUACCCACCCCCUGCCCUUAGCCCUUCUGUCAUCAUUGAGACCAAAGUCGGUUCUUAUCAGACCCCACAAAGCGACCUCCCAUCUGCCAGUCCGAUCUCUCCAUCAUCCACCCAGCCUCCGUCUGCCGGCUGCCCACCCACAGACUGUGAGACUCGGAUCGUGUCCACCACCGCUCCUGCAGCUGCAGCUAAACUACCUACUUCACAAGGCCGCAGAGGUCGCAAGCCUCCGCCUUACCCCCAUCACAGACUCUCUGAACACAUAAAGAAAGUAAAAGAGCCCCGCAAAGUUCCUCCGUACCCAGAGAAAAGAAGGCUGCUCUCGACCACAGUGUGAGACAAUGCAGCAGGAGGGGGAGGCUGAUCGAACAGAGCCAUAUUCACAGCACCAGCCACGAGUCUGUAGAGUGGAGAGUGAUUUAAGGCUCGCCAAGUUGAGCCAAGACCAAGUUUCCAAGGUGACAGGACGCAGACGCAAUUUGGGGAUCUGGAUGUGAUUAUUUCCAGAAGUACCCUCCACGGUGACGAAGGGGGAAACGUUCCUGCCGAGCAUUUCCUCAAAUCUAGAGGAUCACCUCCAGACAGAUGAGAGAAAUGGAACCCAGAGCAAAAGAAGGUACAAAAAUGACAACUAAUGCAACCCCACGAUAAAAUCAAAAGAAUCCUCAAAUCUGAAAAGAAUCCCCAGAACUCAUCCUCUGGACACUUGUGUGGAUCAGUGUGAGGCAGAUGAAGGCAGCCAGUAAUAACGAAGCCCCUCUGAAACCUGCACAGCGAUCCACACAUGUGGCACUGAGAAGAUGAAAGGGUUCAAGAAGGGUUAACAAGGGACUCUAGAGUCGGAAAGUAGCGCGUGUUAAAAAAAAAAGAAAGAAAAAAAGAUAAGAUCUGAAUCCUCUGCUGCGUCACCUGCUACAUGUGUCGAAUUACAAUGAUCAGGAUUUAGGGAAUCUACAAUGAUGUCGUCACACGGUGAAAUCUUCUGUGCAUGUUGCUUCUCGUUCUCUUAGUAUCAUGUAAAGAAGCUGCUAUCUACCCUAUUAAACGUAUAGCUUCAGACCCAAAAAUAAGAUCAAAACAAACAAACGAAAAAAUCUAUGAUCGUGACUGAUGGGAGAUCAAAUGCAGAGCUUAAAGUUAUCUAGAAGAGAUAAAAAAGAGAGAGGGGACAGAGGCAUUUCUCUCUACGGCAUCUCGGAUCAGAACAAGACUGGAAAUUAUAGUUGUUUAUGUGUGCGAUGACGAUACUGAGGAUUACUCACUUUUCCUCUCAGGAUUACACAAGAUAGAUAAAUCCCUCCCUAGUCUAAAUAUGUUAUAUACACUUGACACCAAUCCUCUAUACAUUCACAUACAUCCCCGGUGGAUCAGAUGAGAGUUAUUCCCUGUAAAUCUUGUAGGCUCAGAAACUAAGAAACAAUUAUGGAAGCACUUUAUCUUCAGCCAGAAUUUUAACUAGGACAAAAAUCCCGAUACGCAACUGAUGUUUCGCUGUUAUUUUUCUUUUUCUUUUUAUCCCAAGCUGUUUAAAUCCACUGUGGUCAGAAAACACCAGAUAAUUAAUGUACUGACUCAUAAGCUGCUCUCGAGGCAAUGUUGGUAUCAUCCUUCUUCAUUUUUUUUUUUUUUUUUUUGUUGAUGUUGUCACUCAGAAAGAAAUCCAUCCUU